UCACCUGCACACACCAAACCAACACAUCAAUGCCGCCGAGCCGAAUGAACGGCGUAAUUGAUCUCUUCAUUGCGUACAAGCUGCUCCGCCCAGAUCAAUCUCCGCCGCGCCGCCGGCUCUUCCCGUAGGUAAUUGGACAAUGUGUCUGCAAGAAGCACAUAUGAACACGUGGACGAACAUCUAAGAUAUCAGUCUAUGUCCUUUUGCUGACCUCCAUCAAUGUAUUCGAGCACCAGGCAAUGCCGAGGACCUCUCAGUGUGGCCUCUCUCGCCUCGGCAUUGCCCCCAUACGACAGACCCCGAGACACCUCACAAUGUUUCUAUGCUCAAGAAAACUACGAAGCGACAGCAAUGUAAGAAAUGAGGAAGGCAAUCAGUGGGGUUUUGUUGCAGACGCUGACCUAAAUGCACGGAUUUCCCUCUCGAAAUUCAUGAUAUCCCAAUCCGACGGCGCCCUUCCUGCAAUCAAACAGGCAGCCAACGAGGGCGAUGCAUUCAAGGGAUGCUGGAGUGAGCCGCUCACCCCUCUGCAGCGACAGCAACACCGACUUUAUGGCUACUCUGGUGGUCCGUCGAAGUAGCCCUUCCUCCACCUGGUACAAGCAUCAGAUUCCACACAGCAAAGUGCAUGUAGGAGCUCCUCUUUCUCUGUUUACCACGCCGUAGGUCCCGUACCCUACCGCCAACCGGUCCACCCAAAUGAGCUCUGCACAUAAUGAGACAUGCAAGGAAUGAACUCGGAGGAACUCACGAUUGUUGUCAUUUAGAAAAGAGCUUACGGUGGGGCUGGAUUUGCUCCAAAAACACCGGCCCCACCCCAGCUGACGUGCCCUGGCGCGGCCUUUGGUUGUCCAGCUCCUCCGCUCGCCGCAGCAGCCGCGCCAUGGGGUCCAGGUCCUGCCAAACCUCCUCCUCAAACUCAUCCACUUCCUCCUCCUCUUCCUCCAGUGGCCGCCGCAGGAUGGCCUCCCGGCGCUCCAAAAUCCACCCCCGCAGCGCCUCGAUAGCCCCUCUUACGAGCUCUGCCGGGCGUGGGGCGCACCCCCUGGGUGGUGGGGGUGGGGGUGGCUGUGGGUCUGUGGCUGCGGCUGCGGCUGCGGCUGGUGGUGGUGGUGGUGGGGAUGGUAGCUGUGGGGCUGCCGUUGGUGAUGGGAGUGCAGGGCCGCUGGGUGGUGACGCACUGGGCGACGCAUUGGCACUGGCGCGUCGGUUCGUGUUGGUCAAGAUGCGGAACUCAGGCCUGGGGCGCGCUGAUGGGGGAGAGGGCAUUGGCGGCAUCGAUGACAUGGCCUCCUGUGGGGGCGGGCCAGGAGGCGGUGGGGGACGCUUCAUCAAGCCGAGCGACGGGGAGCUGUCCGGGGGUGGCGGGGCUGCAGCAGACGAUGCUGCCAUUGACAU